AUGAUUAGAUAAUUGAAAAUCUAGCAUCUAGCAACUAAUGGUGAAAUAAUACAGUAUUAUAGUUAAAAUAUUAAAGGGUUCUUGAAAAUAUUCUAUCACCGAAUAAAAUAACAUAAAAAAAGACAAAAGAAUAAUCGAAGCAUAAAAUAAGUAAAUAUAUUAUCUGUUAUAACAUAAUAACAUCAAUAAAGCAGCAGUGAAGAAAAUGAUAAGUAAUUAAAAAAAAAUAAUUCUUACUUCAAGAUCAAAACAAGUAAAAGUAGCAUAUAAAAUCUAAUUUAAUUGCUUUACCUUAUUAAUAUUCUAAGAACCUUUAUAAAUAAAUGAAUAAAAAAUAAGGCCAAAAUAAAGUAUAUCAUUUCAGAAUCAGAGUUGUUUUCUCAAGAUCUUCCAAUUAAAAAAUAUAAUAAGUAAACAUAAUGUCAUUUGUAAUUUAAUCUGGAGAGGAUGAAAUAAAAAAUAAGCGAAAGAAUGGAGAAAAACAUUUAAUGAAGGUUCCUUAUAAUCAACCCAUAAGUAGAUAUCUCAAUAAAAUAAUUUGAGCACUAUUUAAUCUAAUUCACACAAAAAUUCUUAAGAAAAUACUCAAGAAUAAUAAUUGCAACAAAUAGGUUCAAUAUUUUCUACAAUAUAGCUAAAUGAAUAUAUCAUUUUACCUGUUUAAUAUAUAAAAGAUGAUUCUACAUUGAUUAUAAAAAUGAUGAAAUACUUUUUAAGUAUUAUAAUUUAGAUAUUGAAAAAUGCUAACCUAAUGUGAGUGAUUUUUUAUAAAGAAAAGUUGAAAAAAACUGUUAAUCAGAUAAAAAAUUAAUAAUUUAGAUAAAUAGAAACUAAACAUUGUCUAGAUAUUAUAGUGAAUUGAAAGAGUUGAAAAUUAAUUUUUUAGCAAUAGAGUCACAAACUAGAAAAUAAAUAAUAAAAAUUUUUUCAUAAGAUUCAGAUAAAUAAUAAUAAGUAUCAUUACAGUACAUAAAUAAUAAAAUUGAUGAUAUUUAAUAAUAAGAAAAGAGAUUUAUUAUAGAUCCAUUUGGUAUUGGCUAAUAAAUUAAUUAUUAUUAUAGUGAUAAAAAUUAUUCAAAAGUAAUUUAAUUGUAUAAAACUCAGCUUAAGAUCCUGAGAAAUGUUUAUAUUAUUUAAAUAUAUAGUUAUGUAAUUUAAAUUGAUAAUAAAUUUUGA